CCAGCUUGGCUGGCGGAAGAAGACGACGACGACUUUGGCAUUCUCUCUCUCUCCUCCAACACAUACACCAUUUUGCCACUCUGUCAUUUUCCCUUCUCUCUCCUCCUUCCCUCUAUAAAUACUCCCUCCCCUCUCAUUUUCCUUUCGCUCUCCUCCUCUUCGCCAACAACACCAAGCUAGGUUUUCCAGAUCAUGAGUCUCUUCGGCCUCGGCAGCAGAAACCAGAAAACAUUUCGGCCCAAAAAGAGUGCUCCUUCAGGGAGCAAGGGUGCACAACUUCAAAAACACAUUGAUGCCACCUUGGGUAGUGGAAACUUGAGGGAAGCAGUACGGCUUCCCCCAGGAGAAGAUCCUAAUGAGUGGCUGGCUGUAAACACGGUGGACUUCUUCAACCAAGUAAACAUUCUGUAUGGUACACUUACUGAAUUCUGUACAGCAUCCAUCUGCCCGACAAUGUCAGCAGGGCCAAAAUACGAGUAUAGAUGGGCUGAUGGAGUCACAAUUAAGAAACCCAUUGAGGUGUCUGCUCCAAAGUAUGUCGAAUAUCUGAUGGACUGGAUUGAAACUCAGCUAGACGAUGAAUCAAUAUUUCCUCAAAAAUUGGGGGCACCAUUUCCAAAUAAUUUCCAGGAUGUUGUUAAGACAAUUUUCAAGCGCUUGUUUCGCGUAUAUGCCCACAUAUAUCACUCGCAUUUUCAGAAGAUUGUCAGUUUAAAGGAAGAAGCUCAUCUCAAUACCUGCUUUAAGCAUUUCGUUCUGUUUACUUGGGAAUUUCGCCUGAUUGACAAGGGGGAGCUUGCACCUCUCUAUGACCUCAUCGAGCCUAUUCUACAGCUAUAGUGCCAUGCCAAUUGUAUGUUUUGGACGCAUUUUUGUGAGCAUCUGUUUGUUCAUACAAUUUUUUUGUUAUUUGAACCUCUAUUGCUUUACUGUCAUAAACAAAGACGAAUUUGUCCCCCAAUAUUAAUUUGGUCUCAUGAUUCUUUGCUGCCA